AUGCAAAAAGGGAUUACGAAGCUAAAAAACAUUUUAGAAGGGCUGCCUGAGCCGCAGUUCAGUUCAGAGGACUAUAUGAUGCUCUACACGACAAUUUAUAACAUGUGCACACAAAAGCCUCCACAUGAUUACUCUCAACAGUUGUAUGACAAGUAUCGCGAGUCCUUUGAAGAGUACAUUAUAUCAACGGUUCUUCCUUCACUGAGAGAGAAACACGAUGAAUUCAUGUUGAGAGAGCUUGUGAAAAGAUGGUCAAAUCAUAAAAUCAUGGUCCGGUGGCUGUCACGGUUCUUCCAUUACCUUGAUCGAUAUUUCAUUGCUAGGAGGUCACUUCCAGCACUUAAAGAAGUUGGCCUAACAUGCUUUCGAGAUCUGGUAUACAUAGAGUUAAACGGAAAAGUAAGGGAUGCAGUUAUAUCACUGAUUGAUCAAGAGCGAGAAGGCGAGCAAAUUGAUCGAGCUUUGCUGAAGAAUGUAUUGGAUAUAUUUGUUGAAAUUGGAAUGGGGCAAAUGGAUUAUUAUGUGAAGGACUUUGAAGAAGCAAUGCUCAAGGACACUGCAGCGUAUUAUUCUCGGAAGGCUUCUAACUGGAUCUUGGAAGAUUCGUGUCCAGACUAUAUGCUGAAAGCUGAGGAGUGUUUGAGACGAGAAAAAGACAGGGUGUCUCAUUAUCUUCAUUCAAGUAGUGAGACAAAGUUGCUUGAGAAAGUACAACAUGAGUUGUUGUCUGUGUAUGCAACCCAAUUGCUUGAGAAGGAGCACUCUGGAUGUCACGCGUUGCUCAGGGAUGACAAGGUAGAGGAUUUGUCAAGGAUGUAUAGGCUCUUCUCCAAAAUACCUCGAGGCUUAGAUCCCGUCGCUGCGAUAUUUAAGCAGCAUGUUACUGCUGAAGGUACAGCUUUAGUUAAACAAGCAGAAGAUGCUGCAAGCAAUAAGAAGGCAGAAAAAAGAGAUGUCAUUGGAUUACAGGAACAGGUUUUUGUCCGAAAAGUUAUUGAACUCCAUGACAAAUUCAUGGCAUAUGUGAGCGACUGCUUUUCAAAUCAUUCACUCUUCCACAAGGCUCUCAAGGAGGCCUUUGAAGUCUUCUGCAACAAGGGCGUUGCUGGAAGUUCUAGUGCAGAACUUCUUGCCACAUUUUGUGAUAACAUUCUCAAAAAAGGUGGGAGUGAAAAAUUGAGCGAUGAAGCCAUUGAGGAGACAUUGGAGAAGGUAGUAAAAUUGCUUGCUUAUAUUAGCGAUAAGGAUCUGUUUGCUGAAUUCUAUAGGAAAAAGCUUGCUCGGCGGCUAUUAUUUGAUAAAAGUGCCAAUGAUGAGCAUGAGAGAAGUAUCCUUACAAAGUUGAAGCAGCAAUGCGGGGGUCAAUUUACAUCAAAAAUGGAGGGGAUGGUGACAGAUUUGACACUAGCAAGGGAAAAUCAGACGAGCUUUGAGGAGUAUCUCAGCAAUAAUGCAAAUGCAAAUCCUGGGAUCGACUUGACUGUUACUGUAUUGACUACUGGUUUCUGGCCCAGUUACAAGUCCUUUGAUCUUAACCUCCCGGCUGAGAUGGUCAAGUGUGUUGAAGUCUUUAGAGAGUUCUACCAAACAAAAACGAAGCACAGAAAACUUACAUGGAUAUAUUCAUUGGGCACUUGCAACAUCAAUGGAAAGUUUGAACCCAAAACUAUAGAGCUCAUUGUGACAACUUACCAGGCUGCUGCCCUACUGCUAUUCAAUGCCUCAGAUAGGUUGAGUUACCAGGAAAUCAUGACUCAGUUGAACUUGUCAGAUGAUGAUGUUGUUAGGCUGCUCCAUUCGCUUUCAUGUGCAAAGUAUAAGAUUCUUAACAAGGAGCCAAACACCAAGACGAUAUCUCCAACUGACGUUUUUGAGUUCAAUUCAAAGUUUACGGAUAAAAUGAGAAGGAUCAAGAUCCCUCUCCCUCCUGUCGAUGAGAAGAAGAAAGUAAUCGAAGAUGUUGACAAGGACAGGCGAUAUGCUAUUGAUGCUUCAAUUGUACGUAUCAUGAAAAGUAGAAAGGUCUUGGGCUAUCAGCAGUUGGUUAUGGAGUGUGCUGAGCAGCUGGGGCGAAUGUUCAAGCCUGACGUUAAAGCAAUCAAAAAGAGGAUCGAAGAUUUGAUUACAAGGGACUAUCUGGAAAGAGACAAGGAUAAUGCAAACUUGUUUAAAUACUUGGCAUGA